AUACGUGUAAAAACAAUAAUGGCAAUGAAUGCUCAAAAACAACCAAGCAAAUUCAUUAAACCUUCGGUCCCAACCCCUUCAAACCUUAAACACUACAAGAUAGGCUUCAUCGAUGAACUUGCUCCAUUCAUGGAUGUGGCGAUCGUUCUUUUUUUCACCAAAAAUACCAAUGACAACUCAAAGUUUGGUGAUCAACUAGAAAAAUCCCUAGAAAAAACCUUGACACGAUUAUACCCUCUCGCCGGCAGAUUUGUUGAAGAAAGUCAAACCAUUGACUGUAACGACGAAGGUGUUGAGUUCAUACAAGCCAAAGUUAACAUCAAACUUGAAGACAUUCUUGGGCUUGAGGUAAAUGCUAGGUCGAUUAAAGAACUUCUUCCAUUGAAAACAAUACCUCAUGACAAUGUUCUUACAAUUCAAUUAACCACCUUUGAGUGUGGAGGUGUGGCACUUGGUGUAAGUGCUACACAUAAGGUUGUUGAUACAUCGACGCUAUGCACAUUUGUAAAUGAAUGGGCUGCUAUGAACCGCGAAGAAAAUGAUAUCAAAUUCACAACGCCAGGUUUCAUUUCAUCCUCCUUGUUUCCUGCCUGUGGUGUUCGUCCCAUUUUAAUACCAUUUAUUACCGACGAAGACUUGUUAAGCAAAUAUACAUUGAAGAAACUUUCAUUCAGUGAGAGUGAUAUAUCCAACAUGAAAGCAAAGGCAAUUACAAAUGCACGAAUAUCGAAGGCGAUAAAUCUAAGGGAAAAAAUGGCUUCUCCAGUGCCCAAAAAUUCUUGUGGGAAUCUUUGGGGAUUUUGUUCAACGGUUCUUGAAACAAACCAAGGAUUGGAAAAUCUUUUGAAUUACUCUGUCAAGAAAACUAUAGACGAAUACUCAAAGGUACACCAUGAUAGUGAACAAGGGCAAAUGAUUGUUUUGAAUUCUAUUUUAAAUGUAACCAACACUCCAUUGUCAACAAACCUGAUUCUUUCAACUAGCUGGUGUAAGUUCCCUUUUUAUGAAGCUGACUUUGGUUUCGGAAAGCCCAUUUGGGCGGUUCCUUGGACGACGCCUAUGAAAAAUGCAAUGCUUUUGAUCGACAAUGCGAAAGGUAAUGGAGUGGAUGCAUACAUCUUUCUAGAAGUUAAAGACGCCCCUUAUUUCAAAGAAGGUCUAGAUGUAAAUGUUUUUUAAUGCUAGAAUCAAUUUGUAUUGUCUACUUAUCAUCCGGUCGAAUUAUCGCUUCAGGUCUUAAUGUUCUUGUUUGUUGUCAUGUGUUUUUAUGUACUUGUUUGUUGUCAUGUGUUUUUAUGUACUUGUUUGUUGCCAUGUAUUUUAAUGUACUUAUUUGUUUACUUU